CCAUAGCCUCAAAUCAAGCGUCCGCGGAUGCUUCUCUUUUCCGGAACCCAAACAAACCAUGUCAGCAGCACCUGGAAGUGGAGCUAUCCCCAGCAAUAACCCUAGCCCUAAAUUCAACGGCUUCAAGGAUCCCAAAAAUGUUCACCCUAUUGCAGGGAUUCCGGUGGAAUUCCCAUACAAGCCGUACGGCACUCAGUUAUCAUUCAUGUACAGAGUCAUAUCAACCCUAGAUCGAGCUCAGAAAGACGGACACUGUCAUGCCUUGCUCGAGUCGCCCACUGGUACCGGGAAAUCACUCUCGCUUCUUUGCUCCACUCUUGCUUGGCAGCAAAAGUGUAAGGCCGACAACAACAAAAGCAUUCUGUCUCAGUCCAAACCGGAUCCAGAGGCCACCACUGAUCCUCUUGGCCACGGUGGGGGUUUUAUCCCUGAAACUCAGCUUUCAAGCGUUCCUCUAUCAAGUGUUUCGGAGCCACCUGAGCAUUCAUCAAAUAGCAAGAAAAAGAAGAAAAAGUUGGCUCCUACCAUAUAUUAUGCUUCGAGGACACAUUCACAAAUUUCUCAAGUGAUUCAUGAAUACAGAAAAACUUCUUAUCGAGUGCCAAUGGCAAUAUUGGCUUCAAGGAAACAUUAUUGCACAAAUCCUCAAGUCUCCAAAGAGAAUAUUGAUGAAGAAUGCAAGCUUCUCUUGAGUAAUCCAGAGGGAGGUUGCUCUGAAUUUAAGAAUAUGCAUAAGGUCAAAUGUCAUCCCUCACUUCAGAGAGGUGGCUGUCAUGAGGCCCAUGAUAUUGAAGAUCUUGUCAAAAUUGGACAAGUUGUUAAAGGAUGCGCAUACUAUGCUGCACGAUCAAUGGCAGAUGAUGCACAAUUGGUUUUUUGCCCAUAUAGCUACAUCAUCAAUCCUGUUAUUCGAGGAGCAAUGGAUGUGGAUAUCAAAGGAACUAUUAUAGUUCUUGAUGAAGCUCACAACAUAGAAGAUAUUGCUCGUGAAGCUGGUAGUGUGGAUCUUGAAGAAGAUGCUUUGCUCAAAUUGCAGACAGAGCUUCAUCAACUCAAGUUGAUAAAUGCUGACAUUUACCAACCAUUGUAUGAAAUGUCAAUGAACCUACUAAGCUGGAUUGAGCAGACGAAAAGCAAAUUAGAAGAAACACAUGAAUCUAAAAACUACUUCUCCUCUUGGACUGGUGACAAGGCAUUAAGGCAACUCCAAGAAGCUAACAUUUCACAGCAAUUCUUUCCUGUCUUGCUAGAAUGUGCAAUAAAGGCAAUCAAAGCUGCUUCAGAUACAGAAUCGGAAGUACUUCAUUUAAGUGGAAUGUCCGUGAUAACAUUAGAAGGGAUGUUCUCUUCGCUGACAUAUUUCUUUUCAAGAGAUGGUUCUCACAUAUUUGAUUAUCAGCUUGCUCUACAACGACACUUUAAAAAAGAUGAGAAAAAUGCUUUUGGCAGUUGGACAUGUUCCUUAGGCUUGUGGUGCUUGAACCCAUCUGUUGUCUUCAGAGAUAUAACUGAUCUUUCAUUAUCAGUCAUCUUAACUUCCGGGACGUUAUCACCAACGAACUCCUUCUCAUCUGAACUCGGAGUGCAGUUUGGAAACUAUUUGGAGGCUCCUCAUGUUAUUGGUGUUAAAUCCCAGGUAUGGUCUGCUGUAAUCUCCCAUGGUCCAGGCAAUUGUCGAUUGGAUGCAAGUUACAAAACAGCGGAUCAGUGUGCUUUCCAGGACGCACUUGGCAAAUCCUUGGAAGAAAUUUUCACGAUUGUUCCAGGUGGUUGCCUGAUAUUUUUCCCAAGUUACAAGCUGAUGGAGAAGCUUUGUGACCGUUGGCGUAACACAGGCCAAUGGUCACAACUUAAGGCACGAAAGGCCCUUUUUGUUGAGCCAAGAGGGGGGAACCAGGAAGAAUUUGAGACUGUACUGAAAGGUUAUUAUGAUUCAGUAUCUCAAGGCAAGAAACCUGUUCUUCGGAGAAAGAGAAAGACAAAAAAAACAGAUGACUAUGUGAGUGAGUCUGUUGAAGUUGCUAACAUUGGAGGAGCAGCUUUUCUUGCUGUUUUCCGUGGAAAGGUGUCAGAAGGCAUAGAUUUUUCUGACGAUAAAGCUAGGGUGGUUAUAGCUGUUGGCAUUCCCUUUCCAAAUAUAAAUGAUAAACAGAUCGCACUAAAGAAGAAAUAUAAUAAUACAUACAGAUCAUCUAAAAACCUUCUGAGUGGAAAUGAGUGGUACUGCCAGCAAGCGUUCAGAUCUUUAAAUCAAGCUCUUGGGCGCUGUAUACGUCAUAGAUAUGAUUAUGGAGCCAUCAUCCUAUUAGAUUGGCGUUUUCAGGAUGAGAAGAAUAGAGCUUAUAUUUCAAAGUGGUUAAGGCCAUCCAUUAAAAUGUAUGGAAGUUUUGAGAAGUCAUUAGACGAGCUGAGAUCCUUCUUCAGUGAAGUCAAGGACUUGGUUGCCAAGAACAAGGAACUAUCUUCUUUGGCAAAAUAUGAUAUCACUUCGCCUCAAUUGAAGCCUCAAAGUGAUGUUGGAGCUCAGCCAAGUAUGCAAGCAGAUAAGGAUGAGAAGACCUGCAAUGAAUGUAUUGAUUUAGAGUGUGACUCUCCAAAAGAUUCACGGUGUUUUGAGGCUUCAUCUAUGACAUUUGCCAAUGAAGAUCGAGAUUUACUCAUGGUCCAGGAAACACCGUUUGUGAAUACUGGUAUUACUUUAGCUAGUCCAGGUUCCUUAACUUGGGAUGGUAGCUCUGGUUCAACUAUAAUUCAGGCCUCAACUAAGUCUCCGGAUCAAUUUUUGUUUAAUCCAAUGUCAACAAGCCUAAAUGAACUUCCUUCCGUUUGUGAAUCUGAGACAAUAUUCACCCCUGAAAAGGAUGCGGAUCAGAACAAAGCUGGUGUGAUACCAAGAAAAGAAUCACCUUUUAAUCUUAGUGUUUGUUCUUAUACUCAGAAAAGGCGGAAAUCGGUAGCUUCAACUUUCAUUAACCUUGUUGAUGAAGAAGAGAGUGAUACUCCUGCUCAAAUUCCAGGUUCAUUGAAUUCUGAUGGACUAGCCAAUGGAGAUAUGCUUCGUAGAAUUGAAUUUGGUUUAGAAACUAGUUCAGCCGAGAACAAUUAUCUGGAGUCAAAUGUUCCGCGGCCAUUGGCAACUGAUAAUACUAUUUUCUCUUGUCCUGUUAUGGAUAAAAGACUACAAAUUUCCUGUUUACUCUGCAGAAGCCCUUUAGGCCGCCCUGAAAAUAAUUUGUAUAUCAGGUUUUCAUUGAUCGUGUCUUCAAAAGUCUACCUGUUAUCUCUUUUCAAAGAGAGAUUAAUUUCUUGUGAUUCAAAUACGCCACCAACCGUACCCGUUAUAAUAACUGACAUUUCAUCAGUUGAUCCAAGACUAUGCAAUGGAACUCUCGAAGGUGACAGAGAACAGGGCAUUUGGCACGAAGAAGAUGGGUGUGUAUUCAAAAAGGUCUUCUGCCCCUUCUGCAGCAACCCUAACAAUUGUCUUGGUGUGCAAAUCAAAGCAGCUGAUGAAAACAAUGUGCAGUUGCUAAACAAGAUAAUGCUUUACCAUGGAAGUGUAGUAAUUAGAAAUUCUGAAGCAGCACAGGACCGGGCUGCGAAGGAUAAGGUUAAUUGCUCAAGCACGAAGACUGCCAUUUUAAAUUCCAUUGAUAAGUUUGCAUAUUCCUCCCAGCAGUCGGACUUGGGAGGAUGGAGGAAUACAAAAUCUAAGCUAAAACUUUCAAAGAGAUAGCGUUGGGCAUAAACAUGUGAGUUGCACAUAACUAAAUUUUGUUCUUUACAAAGCCUUCGCUUGAUGAGAUGUGGGGAAGUUAGAGGGAUGUACAUUUUGGUGAAUGACUGGUCUUUGAAUCUGAUAUGUCUCAUAGUAAAUCAAACCGGCAGCAAUUACGGACUUACCAUAUCCCAGUCUAAUUUAUGAAGCUGAGGUUGCUGUCCUG